AUGUUUCAGAUAUUCCUAGAGUCGCUAGCUUGCUUCUUUUCACAUAUCCCUCAAGAUACUUCACAGACAACACAAAAAAAAUCGAAACUUAAAAAUCUUUCAAGCCAAAAAGGCAGAAAAUAUGUGAAGUUGAUAGUGGAUGGCGAAAAAAAAUUUAUACAAGUCGGCUGCUGCGAUAUUCAAGAUGAAGAUGUGAGAAGAUCGAAGAAGAAGACACGAAACUAUCAUAAACGCAACUCAAGACAUGCUUACAAGCAUUGUCAUUGA